GGAAACCACGUCCUCCGCGCCUGUAGCGGCCGCUCCGCUCGCUGUCAUUCGUCCAGGUCCAACCAGUCGCUGCGAUCGUGGCGCUGGAGGAGUGGAGCAGCGAGAGCUGCAUGUAAAUGAAGCUCCUCCGCUGCUGGAACUGGACUACCGAGAGGGGAAGCCCGCCUUUUCCGGCUGCCUCGUCGGUGUUUCCACUUUCCAGCACACCUUGACCGGUAACGGCUGAAGUGCUUUACUCUCCCCGGAGCAGCGCUGCCCGUUCCCGCUAACCCACGCUGCUUCGGCGCUGGUACACGGAGAGCCUCUCUGCUGCCUCCUGGUGACCAUGUGGAGCGUCAGCGCCGUGAUCCUGGCGCUCGCCGCCUUCAGCUCCGCCGACUCUGACUCCCAGAGGCCGAGGCACGACUCCAGCCUGGAGAUCUACAAGCGUCUGUUUGAAACCAAGAGGAAGGAUCAGCUGAAUGCGCUCAAGAACCUCGUGGAGCUGAAUGACAUCAACCAGCAGUACAAGAUCAUAGACAUCAUGCUCAAGGGGCUGUUCAAGGUCCUGGAGGACUCCAGACAGAUCCUGGUGGCAGCCAACAUGCAGCCCGAUGACCCCUUCCCCAUGGACGACAAGAUCAAGGAAGCUUAUUCACACGUAGUGGAGAACACAGCAUUUUUUGGCGAUGUGGCGUUGCGCUUCCCGCGGAUCGUCCAUCACUACUACGACCGUAACGCCGACUGGGGCGGCCUGCUGCGCUGGGGGCUGAAUUUCUGCAACCAGACGGGGGUGUUCACAGGAGGAGCCCACCAACAUGUCCUCACACUGAUGUCCCAGGAGCUCGGAAUAACCGAGAAGUCUGCAGACUUUCUGAACCCGUACCGCACAGAGAGAGACGACGUUCUUCACACUGCAGAAGCCUUCCAGAAGAUCCUGAGAGAGGAGGAGAAGAGGAGGAGAAAAGAGGAGAAGAGGAAAGAAAUCAGGAAAGGCCCUCGCAUCUCCCGCUCUCGCUCUGAGCUAUAGCGCUUCACAAACUAGAGAAACGGUGGAGGAGGAGGGUGUGAAGUCCAUGAGACUUGUGAACUGUGAUGGCGGUGAAGACAACACGUCGCCGUCGGCUGAGGCAGGUCGCUCUGGUGAAAACAACCCGAAACCUCACCCUACAGAGACCGAGGCGGGGGCUGCUGUCCACCAGCAGACGCUUAGAAUGAGAGAAUCUAACUGUAUGUUUCUGGAAAACAAGGGAAACUCACAUUUGAAUACGUGAGAGUUAUCUCAGAACUUUGGAAUAUAAUCUGUUUUAAACUUUUACGUACGAACGUUACAAACCCCUCAUGGAUUCGUGAUGUGUAAAACCCUGCGUGCUUAAACUGUUCCGAGCCUAAAUUUAACCUUAUUGAGACGCGGCCUGCUUUUGUUUGGGUUGUGCUUAGUUGUUUGAUGGGAAAACUUUCCGUUUGGUGCUUUUCUAAAGAGAGUCUUGUCGUAGCUGCCUGAGUGAGGACGCUCCAGAUUUUGUUUGCUGAAGCAGAAUAUGAUUUAUGCCUGAAUGUUGAUUCAUUUUUUAUUUUUUAUUUUAGGGGAUCGCCACCAUUCUUCUCUUUUUUUACUUCACACUUUAAAGAACUUGUGUUGUUGUCGAGCAGGAAGUGUGUGUGUGGACCUCCACCUUGUCUCUGUUCAUCGCCUUUUGUCAGAUUGAAUAAUUUAAUGAUUUAUUUCUAUGGAAUGGAGAUUGAUGUAACUUUAAAACAGUAUAACGACUGUUAUAUAAUUAUAUGUAUAUCCAGAGAAACAAUAUUCUUGCUGCAGAACCAACAACAAGCCAUUUUGUUUACACGUUUAAUGAAAUAAAGUGACGAGAUGCGGUAAAA